CCCAACUUCCGGUGAAAAGGAACGCACCACUGUCACGUUCUUGCUAGCUAGUGUAGCGCCUCUUUUGACUUUUAAAUUUUCGACGCGAGUACAUCGACGACAGGUUUUCUGAGGUCACCAUGGCAACCACACCUCAGGGUGGCGAUGAGGAAAAGCAGAAUCUGGGCCCCAGUGAGCACCUCACGAAUGCGUGCAGGGAUUGGUCCAAAGAUCUGACAGAGGAGGUUAACGUGAGACUGGAUGGUACACUCCAAGAGUUUCUGCAGAACUACAAGAGCAGGGAGGAAGACCAGAGCAACAAAGAUUUGGCCGAAGAGUGUUGUCGUCAAGCCGGGAUCUACUAUUUUAGGAUUUUGAAGAACAUGAUGGAGAGGCGGGUCAUCAGUGACAACUCUGGACUUUUGUCAAAUGGUUUCCACCGUUGUCUGGUGGCGUGCUGUCUGGAGGUCCAGAUAGCUUCAAACCACCUACCGUGUGAUUUCCCCCAGCUUCUUCGCAUCCUCCAGCUCACGCCCUACCACCUGAUAAAGGUGAUUGAGCUUGUGAGGACACUCGAUCAGCACUAUCAUGUCUGCAAGUCCCUCUCUCAAGUGAAACAACAAAUCCUGGAGAGCUUGGCCUGGACCGGCGACUCGCCACUGUGGGAGGAGAUCCAAGCUAAUGGCGGCCGUUUUCCUCUCAUCCAGCAGGUGAUGCCACAAAGUUUCCUUGAAAGUCCUGUACGUCCAGACUCAGGCUGUCACCAACCACAAGAUCGAGUCAGUUUGGAGACGUGUUUUUCCUCCAACGACGAUGAAGAGCACUCCACAACAGUGAACAAGGCGGAGAAGAACAACUUCCUGCAUCAGUUUUCUCGCAUGGUUUACACCAUGACAGCAGCACGUCUGGAGGAUCUGGGCUCCAAACUAAAGCUCUCUGGUGAUCUGAGGAGGUCGAUCUGGACCUGUUUUGAGAACUCGCUGGUUCAGCACCCUCGCCUCAUGGUGAAUCAUCACCUGGAUCAGCUGCUCUUCUCUUCCAUCUACAUCACAGCUCAGGUUACAAGGACCACAUUAACUGUCAGUGACAUCAUGGACGCCUACAGCUCUCUGCAUUAUUCCACAGACGGUGUCUGCAAAGACCUGCAGAUCACAGACCCUGUCAUGGAGACUCAAGGAACAGUUGACAUCCUGACGCCCAGCUCUCCCAGGGAGGAGGAGGGAGGAGGCAGCUUCAUCAGUUUUUACCGAGCCUACAGCAGCAAAAUGCAGAACUUUGCUAAACAGUUUGACCCCGCUUGCAGGGGGGACACUCCGCCUUCGUCUCCGUAUCCCAAACGGCAGAGGGAAUUCUCUGCAAGGUACCGCGUUCUCAACACCAACCUCUUCAUCUCACGGCUGAACAAAGACAGCCCGUCUCUGCUGACGCCCACUCGCACCUGCGUGUUCGGCUCAAGCCCCGCUGAGAGUCUUUGUGUAAUAAACAAGGUCGGAGCAAAAAUUCCUCUGAAAGGACGCGCUCUGUCGUUCAGAGAGGAAGAGGAGGACGAGGAAGGGCCUCCUGCUAAGAGGCGUCAGUCAGACGGUCAGUCCGUCCUGCACCAUCGUCUGACCGAAGUCAUCGAGGAUCGGUCCAAAGCGCUGAAUCACGUCCGAGUUUGACCGUCUCUUCAGCAGGAAGUCUGACGUUCUUCCUCUUUUAAAAACACUCAAACGAUGUAAAAAAACAAAAAUCUUGUUUAAUAUAAACCCAUGAAUAUAUAUUAUAUAUAUUAAUAUAUAUGUAUUUCUAUGUACAUAUUUUGGGCUUGUUGCCCUCAAACCUACAGAAUAAUGGGAACUCCUGCCUUGUGAUGAUCAGACAGGUGUGGUAUUUUUGAGCGCGGUUACAGGAAACUGCUUUAAAAGCUUUCACACGCUCCAGAGGAAAGGGGAAACCUGUGAGAAGGACUUCAUUAGCCACGAGUAUUUACAAAGCUGUAGAGGCUUAUGAUUACUGGUAUGUGUUGAUCUGGUAAAGCAUUCAUUUAAUGGAUUCCUGAUGAAAAGAUCGUUUUUUUUAAGAGAAUUUGAAAGGAACUAAGUGCACUUUCCAGGAUAUAGAGGAGAAGCUCUAGUAUUAAGAAUGAAGUGAAGAAGACUUUUUUUUUUUUUAAUCUGACAGAAUAAUUCUGUCUGGAUUUACCAGCAAUUCAUCUGCUUUAACCAAAAACUAACCGCAGAUACAAUCAAUAUGGUUUGGUCUCUUUAAGAUCCACUCAGAAAAUCGUUUUUUACAUUUGAGCUGAAUGCUUUUUACAGAAACUUUCUUCCUUUAUGAAUAAAUUUUUUCUCUGUUUAUUGUGAAAAUGCAUAAGCUACGCACGCCACAGCUUGUUUAAAAGUGAGUUUGUUGCCUCACUGAUGGUAUAGAAAACAUUUAGGAUUUUGCACACAAAGUCCUGAAGUCUGUUUUAUUUUUCAGCAGGUCUUAAAAGCUGAAAGAGUUGUUAAGAAUUGCUUUUGUAUGAAUAUUUUUUUGUAUGUUAGUCCUGUUGUUAUCAUUGAAUAAACUCUGGUAAAUCACCAAUAA